CUAGCAGUUAUCAACUUGGACAGUCAGUAGUCACCGCCACAUGUAAUUUCUGGGAUCGAUUGGGUUAUUUUUGGAAGCAGAAAAUUUUAACGGCACGAAAAUUUCCUCACAGAGUUUUGAGCCCUCCUCCUCCCCAAUCUCCUUAAACCCUAGCACCUGAGAAGACAAGACACAGCGAUCUUCGCUCUCUGGCUCUUCAUUAGCCAUCCUCGAACUAUUUCUUCUGCUUCCUGACCUCUGUUCCAGCUCUGAAGAAGAGAACCUUUGCUUAUGUGUUGAGAUGGACGGUACUAGUUCUCAGUCAUCAUCUGCACAGCCACUUCGGCCUCCUGCAGUUGCUUCCAUGGGACCUCAGAGUUUUGGUCCAUCCUUGUCUAUGCAAUUUCGACCAGUUGUUCCAAGUCAGCAAGGACAACCAUUUUCCCAACAGUUUCAACCAAAUAUAGGGAUGCCUUCUGGUCCUGGUCAACCGCUACAAUUUUCUCAACCUAUGCAGCAGUAUCCUCCGAGGCCUAGUCAGCCUGGUCCUAUGCCUUCGUCACAGGGUUUACCAAUUUCAUAUAUUCAGACAAGGCCUAUUACAUCUGGCCCACCACAGUCACAGCAACCUGCUCCCCCUUUUAGCAAUCAGAUGCCUGGCUUAGCUGGUGCUGGAGCACCUUUUUCUUCAUCAUAUUCUUUUCCACCAUCAUCUUUUGCCCAGCCACAGAAUAAUGUCAGUUCAAUGCCCCAGUUCCAGCCACAGUCUCAAAUGCAAGCACCUGUAGUACCUGUUGGCGGGCAACCUUGGUUGUCCUCGGGAAGCCAAGGUGCAGCAGUUGUUACACCAGUACAGCAACCUCAACAGCCUUCUCCUGCUCCUUCUGCUGAUAAUACUACAAAUGUUCCUAGCGGAACACAGCAAUCCUCAUCUGACUGGCAAGAACAUACAUCGGCUGAUGGAAGAAGAUAUUAUUACAACAAAAGAACAAAGCAAUCUAGUUGGGAGAAGCCUUUAGAAUUGAUGACGCCAAUUGAGAGAGCUGAUGCAUCAACUGUUUGGAAGGAAUAUAGUUCUCCAGAUGGAAGAAAGUAUUAUUACAACAAAGUUACGCGGCAAUCGAAGUGGACGAUGCCUGAGGAAUUAAAGUUGGCUCGUGAACAAGCUCAGAAAGAAGCUAGCCAGGGAAAUCAAUCAGAUACGGGUUUGACCUCUCACACCCCUGUUGCAGUUGCUUCAGCUGGAACAUCCAUUGUGGCUACUAAUUCAGUGGGCACUAGCACUCCUACAGCACCAACUGGGGUAGCAUUGAGCCCUGUUGCUGUUACACCUGUGGCUUCUUCAGCUAAUCCUCCCCUGAUAGGUUCUGGAUCAUCAGCGGCUCCUGGUGCACAGUCUUCCGUACCAGGUGCUGUGGGAGUUCAACCUCCCAUGGUAACUGCAACUCCCCUGCCCCCUACUGUUUCAGGAACUACUGGAACUCCUGCCAACACAACUUCAAUGAGUCGAGCAUCUCAAGAUAUUACAAAUUCAAAAGACGGAGCUUCUAAACAGGACAUUGAGUAUUUUCUCUUGCAGGAAGCAAGGAAGGGCAUGGCAGUUGCUGGAAAAAUCAAUGUAACUCCUAUAGAGGAAAAGUCACCAGAUGAGGAGCCCUUGGUAUAUGUCAAUAAGCUGGAGGCAAAAAAUGCAUUCAAAUCACUUCUGGAAUCUGCAAAUGUUCAAUCUGAUUGGACUUGGGAACAGGCAAUGAGAGAAAUUAUUAAUGACAAAAGAUAUGGUGCGCUGAAAACAUUAGGUGAGCGGAAGCAAGCUUUUAAUGAGUACUUGGGUCAAAGGAAAAAAUUGGAAGCUGAAGAGAGACGCAUGAGGCAGAAAAAAGCUAGAGAAGAGUUUACAAAAAUGCUGGAAGAGUCCAAAGAACUUACUUCAUCCACCAGAUGGAGCAAAGCUGUAACUAUGUUUGAAAAUGAUGAACGUUACAAAGCCGUAGAGCGAGCUAGAGAUCGAGAAGAUCUUUUUGAAAGCUACAUUGUGGAACUUGAGAGGAAGGAAAAGGAAAAAGCUGCCGAAGAGCACAGGCGGAAUAUAGCUGAAUACAGGAAAUUCCUGGAAACUUGCGACUUUAUUAAGGUGAACAGCCAGUGGCGUAAAGUUCAAGAUCGAUUGGAGGAUGAUGAGAGAUGCUUGCGUCUUGAAAAGCUUGACCGCUUGCUCAUUUAUCAGGAUUAUAUACGUGACCUGGAGAAGGAGGAAGAGGAGCAAAAGAAGAUACAGAAGGAACAUUUGAGGCGGGUUGAGAGGAGGAAUCGUGAUGAGUUUCGCAAGCUUUUGGAAGACCAUGUGGCUGCUGGUACUCUUACAGCUAAAACUCACUGGCGCGAUUAUUGUUUGAAGAUCAAGGAGUUGCCUCAAUAUCAAGCUGUUGCAUCAAAUACUUCUGGUUCGACACCAAAAGAUCUGUUUGAGGAUGUUGCUGAAGAAUUGGAGAAACAGUAUCAUGAAGAUAAAACUCGUCUUAAAGAUGCAAUGAAGAUUGGGAAGAUUACCUUUGCAUCCACUUGGACAUUUGAAGAUUUUAAGAAUGCAGUUUCUGAAGAAACUGGUUCUCCCCCAGUAUCAGAUAUCAACAUAAAGGCUUCUUUAACACUCUUUACUUGCUUGAAGCUUGUAUAUGAGGAGUUAUUGGAGAGAGCGAAGGAGAAAGAGGAGAAAGAAGCUAAGAAACGUCAACGCCUUGCCGAUGACUUCAAUAAGCUUUUAUACACAUUCAAGGAAAUAACGGUAUCUUCUAAUUGGGAGGAUUGCAAGCAACUUUUUGAAGAUAGCCAAGAGUACAGAUCAAUUGGUGAGGAGAGCUUGAGGAGGGAGAUUUUUGAGGAUCACAUUGCGCAUCUACAGGAGAAAGCUAAAGAGAAAGAACGCAAGCGUGAGGAGGAAAAGGCCAGAAAAGAUAAAGAGAGAGAGGAGAAAGACAAGCGGAAGGAGAAAGAGAAAGAGAAAAAAGAGAAGGAGAAGGAGAAGGAGAAGGAGAAGGAGAAGGAGCGUGAAAAAGAAAAGGGUAAGGAACGGUCGAAGAAGGAUGAAACCGAUAGUGAGAAUGUAGAUAUGACUGAUAGUCAUAGUCAUAAAGAGGAUAAGAAAAAAGAAAAAGACAAGGAAAGGAAACAUCGAAAGCGGCAUCAAAGUGCCACAGAUGACAUGGGUUCUGAUAAGGAUGAGAAAGAGGAGUCUAAGAAGCGCAGACAUGGCAGUGACCGCAAAAAAUCGAGAAAACAUGCAUAUUCACCUGAAUCAGACAAUGAAAGCCGGCAUAGAAGACAUAAAAGAGAGCAUCGGGAUGGUUCUCGUAGAAAUGGCGGAUACGAGGAACUUGAAGAUGGGGAGUUGGGCGAAGAUGGUGAAAUCCAGUAGUCCUGUCUUCCUGUUGUUAAGUGUUUUGGUUCUGUUUUUGGGUUGGCUAUCCAAUGCCUGAUUGGCUAAAUAGACAUGAAUAUUGUAAUAACUUUUAUUGAUAUAUAUAUAUAUAUAUAUAUAUUUAUGACA